AGAAUUUAUAACUUAGAAAUUUACCAAAAAUGCCAAUCUUUUACGCUUUAAUUGUCCGUGAGAAGAAGACUGUUUUGUGCGAGUUCACAGAUUAUGCUGGAAAUUUCCAACAAAUCACAAGACAACUCUUCCCCCAUAUCGAGAAGAACAAGAAGAAAAGUUUCCAGACGAAUGAGUACUUCUUCCACUGUAUUGAUGACGAAGGGAUCUCUUUGAUGUGCAUGGCUGAUGAAGAAACCCAGAGAAAUGUCGCAUAUGCAUUCCUAAUGGAUCUUAAAUAAAGCUUUCUACAACAAAUUCAGCCUGCUAGAUAUCCAGAAUGCUCGCAGCUACGAACUGGAGUUUUCAGACGAAAUUAAGAAGAAAAUGGAAUUCUUUAACGAGAAGGGAAUUGGAUUUGACACUAAGUCUGAAGAAGUUCUGAGAGAUCUCCAAAGUGUAAAAGAUGUCAUGGUUCAAAAUAUGGAGAAACUACUUGAAAGAGACUUUAAAAUUGAUGUUGCACUUGCCAAAGCAAGGGACAUUAACCAGUACUCGCUUACUUAUAAGAAGCGAGCAAGGCGGUAUAAUGCAUUCCAGAAGAGAAGAAUGAUAUGGAUUACUCUCAUCGGCAUCGUGGUCCUUGCCAUUAUUAUUCUUGCCAUUGUCUUAAUUGCUUGCGGAGGAUUUAAGUGAGGUGGCUAA